AUGGAGGAGAAGAAGGGGUUUUUAGGUUGCUUUGCUGACCCUAGUGGACGUCUUAUGUCUUUUACAGAAAGCAAGAUGAUUCUUAAAGAAAAUGUCUCAGAAUAUCAACCAAAAUUGAUAAAGCAAGCCAUGCUCACUUUGUGCUGGAUCCUAGCAUUGUUUGUCAGUGUGACAGAAGUUAGAGAGAUUAACUUGCCAGGAUGUUCCCAUGUCGAACCUCAAAUACGAUAUCGUGCGAUUAGUGAUGAGGAGUUUGUUUUACAAUGCGCUUUACCGGGUAGAGAUACUACCCAUAUUUAUAAAAACUCACUUCUUAAACAGCAUAAAGUGAAAUGGUUCUGGCAUCAGAAAGGUCAAGAGCCACUGAAGGCUAUCAAGGAAAGCUCUAAUCUUGUUCUUCAAGGGGAUGCACUUCGGUUUAAACCAGUAAGGGACAGUGAUUCUGGAGUGUACAUCUGUGUGAUAUGGGAAGAAGUCCCAUGUCUCAAAAUUGUUUUGGAGGUUCAAACAAAGGCUGCAGCAAAAUGUUCAGGUUAUGACAAAAAUACUCUAUAUCUUCUUGCUGGCACUGGGAAUUCAAUAACUUGCCCUGGAACAAAAUGCUUCAGCCAUAUAAUAAAGCCAGAUGUAAAAUGGUACAAGGAUGGUCAUCAGAUAAAACACAGGAAGAGCAGACAAAGCCUAAAGCUUAAGCAUAAUGAAAUCUACUUGAAUCCAACCUAUGACAAAGAUGCUGGAACGUAUGUGUGUGAUUACACUCUAUAUGACAACACUACCAAGUGGACAAUGAGAACAGCAGUAACAGUAGAAGUCAUUGCAAAAAACACUAUCCAUCCACCAAACUUCUUGUAUCCCAAUGGUGUAGUGAUCCUCGAAGCAGAGCUUGGAAAGCCACUUGAACUGGAAUGCCGUGUACAGUUUGGGUUUGAAAAUGUUUCUUCUUUGAGGAUAACAUGGAAGAGAAAGAACAAAGAAAAUAUAAAUGAGAAAUUGAAUCAGGAAACAAGUGUUUGUACAAAAGGUUUAAAGGGAUACACACUGCUUCAUGUUGCAAAACUGAAAGAAGUUACCGAAAGGGACCUCAGAAGCAACUUCACGUGCUUUGCUGAGAAUUCAGUGGGGAAUGCCACCGCUGUGAUCCAGCUGAAAAGAAAGCAGAGAGUGUUUCUUUUAUACGUACUAUACAGUGCCAUUUCUACUCUAUUUGCAUUCCUUUUAUGCACUGCCUUGAUUUACCAGCACUGGAUUGAAAUAGUGCUGAUGUACAGAAGUUAUCUUGUCCACAAUGAAACUACAGGAGAUGGCAAAGAAUUUGAUGCAUUUGUGUCCUAUGCAAAACUAGACUCUGCUGAAAGUGACUCCACUUUAAUUAGUGAGGAAAAAUUUGCCCUGGAGAUUCUUCCAGACAUGCUGGAAAAUAAAUACGGAUACAAGUUAUGCAUUCUUGAAAGAGAUGUUCUUCCAGGAGGAGCAUACACGGAUGAAGUUGUUACAGCUAUUAAACAAAGCAGACGAACAAUAAUUAUUUUGAGCCCAGCCUACAUCAGUGGACCAAGCAUGUUUGAACUACAGGCAGCAGUGAACUGUGCGUUGGAAGACAAAAAGAUCAAACUGGUACUAAUAAAGUUCCAGGCUUUCCAAGAGCCAGAGACUUUGCCUCCAGUAGUGAAGAAGGCUCUUCGGAUUUUACCAGUCAUUACCUGGAAGUCUUCCAUUUCUGCUGCUCCAAACAAGAAGUUCUGGAAAUAUAUGCAUUAUCACAUGCCAGCGAAAACUACUAAGACACUGGGAAACUGCAGCCUAAAGGACUUUUUCCAAAGGUUAUUCAGUCUGGUAUAUCAACAGCAAAAAUUUCACAGAGGGAUGGCAGCAGGCUCAGGAAUGGUGACAUGA